AUGAAUUUGUACACACCUGCAGAUGGGCUGUGUGGCACUCAUGUGACAUGGGAAGAUAUCGAGGAUGAUAUGCAACGAGAAUUAGACACAAAAGCAUCAUUUGGAUCAAAUAAGACUUUCAAGAGCAUCGGAGAAGGUUAUGUAAGUUGUUAA